CUCUCUCUCUCUCUCUCUCGUGUGCUCCCUCCCCAACUCUCUUUUCUCUGUCGUCUGUACAGCAGAAGGCAAGCAACAGACAUGAGCAAAUAAGAAAAUGAGGAGAGGAGAAUAAACUCUCCAACAUCAUCUCCAUUGCCAAAAAAGGGAAGAAAAAUCCCCAGUUUCUUUUUCUUUUUUUUUUCCAUGGAAAGGCAUAGAUGCAAGCUUUGCUUCCGGCGCUUCUCCAGUGGGCGCGCACUCGGGGGUCACAUGCGCUCUCACGUGACUCCCCGCGCCACCAGAGCUCCGCCCCUCCCCCCCUCCCCCUCGGCCUCCUCCUCCUCCUCCGCCGCCGCGGAGGCGGCGGCGGCGGCAGGCCUCGGCUACGGCCUCCAGGAGAACCCCCGAGAAGGCUUCCGACUUGUCGACCGGGAAUUCUCCUCCUCCUUUGCCGCCGCUGACGGCCGCGAUGGCGGCGGUGGCUCCGCCUCCGUCGUCCAGGAUCGCGAGAGCGAGACCGAGUCCUCCCUUCCCUUGCCGCUCCGCUGCCUAUCUAAGCGCCCCCGUCGCCCACAGGAGACCGCGGCGGCGGCGGCGGCGGAGGCCGAGCCUCUCAGUUCCAUCUCUGAUGUCUCCUCCGAGGAGGACGUUGCUCGGUGCUUGAUGCUUCUCUCCCGCGACGCCUGGGCCAGAUCGAUAGCAGGGGAGGAAGCAGAGGAUCAGCAGUCCGGCGGCUGUGAUGAGGACUACAACGACGAGGAUGGCGACGACGGGAUCCAUGGCUCCGCCAGGUCGCGGCGGAGUGGGCGGCGGAGCAGGUACCAGUGCGGCACGUGCCAGAAGUUCUUCCGAUCGUACCAGGCCCUCGGGGGUCACCGAGCGAGCCACAAGAAGGUGGCCGGCGGUGGGUGCGUCCCGACCGCCGGCUGCCAGAUCGGCGGAGAAGUCUUCUCCAAGACCAAUGCCGAUAGGACUCCGAGCCCCCACCGCUGCACCAUCUGCUCCCGGACCUUCAGCUCCGCCCAGGCCCUCGGCGGCCACAAGCGAUCCCACCUCGCCUCCUCCUCCUCGGCCACCGCCGCCGACCAUUCCCCUCCACUCGCUCCACCUCCUCUUUCUGCCAACAGCACCAGCACCAACCUCAGCAGCAAGGGCUUCAUUGAUCUCAACCAACCAGCUCCAUUGGAGGAGGAAGUCGAGCUCUCCGCUCUCUCCGACGCCACAAUGCUGCAAUCCAAGUGACUUCCUCUCUCCAUUCCGAUCACUCUCCGAUCCAAACCGAGCUACUCGGGAAGCAAUCUGAGGUGAAGUUCAUCGAAACAAAGCCAAAAUCCACAAAAAAGUCUCAUCUUUACAACUGAAUCCUGCGCAAAGAAAUCCAAUUCGACUCAUCUCAUAUCAAGUUCAAAUUUUUAUCUUCUUUUGUCGAAUUUGAUCUGGUCCUUCGGUUACAAGUUGCUCACUGCGACACUGAACAGUAGAAGGGAGCACAGAUCAUCAAAAUCACCAGAAAAAGAACUCUCUUUUCUUCGAAUUUACUACUAUUACAUUAUAGUUUUAAUCCAAACUUCUUCUUGUGACACCAAGUUCAAAUUUU